AUGCCACCCCGUCCCCGUCCCCGUCCCCGUCCCCGUCCCCGUCCCCGUCCCCGUCCCCCUCCCUCGCCCUCAACGCAUGAACUCAUCAACUCCCCCUUACACCGCAUCCCGACCCUCUGGUCCCUCUACCGGCCCCUCCUCCGACUCUCCUCCGUCCAGAGCCAUCCUGCUAUCGAGUCGGGUGUGUUGAGGGCUUAUGUCAAGAGGGAGUUCAGGAGGUCGACCAAGUUGACGGGCAGGGACAAGAUCGGGGACAAGUUGCGCAAGGGAUACGAGGUACGUUUCAUCCACUUCGCUACUUUCUCUCGGGCAGCGCUCGGCAAUUUGUUCGGGUUCAGGACUUUUACCUGGUCCGGAACUGAUCCUUCUUGAUUGUGUUUAUGGAUUAUUCCUUUUGAAAACAUAGCUACUCGACCUACUCGAAACACGAUCCACCUCCCCCACUUCCUCCGCCCGUCUCCACUCCCUCAUCGAGCACAUAUCCCUCUCCAGACCCCACAAAACCCCUACCCCACCACCACCCCCUCUCAAACCCCGUCUCACAAGAGGUAUCCUUCAAGCCCAACCUUACCACCCUCCUUUACCUCGUCUGAAACCCCAGCCUUGGAGGUUGGGCGCUAUGAUUCAUGAGAGGAGAAAGAGGAUCGCCAAGAGGUGGUCGGAGAGUGAACAGGUCAAGAUUUGGAGUGAGGAUGGCAGGGACGAGGAUCGGUUCGAGAGGGACGUGCUUCAGGGUGGUGAAGGGAAGGGGAGGGUGAGCGUGACCGGUAGCGGUAGCGGUGAGGAACAGGUUUGGGCUAGGGAAUGGUCAGAGUUGUGGGAGACGUGGAAGGGCAAGGCCCAGAGGGAGACGAAGAUCAAUGAGGUCAGUGGCCGUCGGGCAGCCCGAGAGAAUUUCUUGCGUUUCUUCCGGACUGGAAUUGGAGCGACGAACCAGCGACUGAUAUUACACCAUACUGUUGCUGCUCAUCCACAGAUGAAGACGCCAAAGGAGAUGCAAGACCGCGCGACGCGAGUCGCCAAGAUCUCGGGCAGGGCUAGAGCGGGAUACGGGACGAUAGAUUCCCGACGGACGGGGGAAGACUCGACCUCGUUGGACAUUCGGAAGAACCAGGGUCAGGGAGGUGGCUAG